AUGAAAGUCCACAUCAAACACUGGAGCGCCGUCGCUCAAUGGCGCUGGAACACAGGAAACGCAACCCACGAUCAAGACGACGAAGGCGACGUCUGCGGGAUCUGUCGCGUUCCGUUUGAGGGGUGCUGUCCGUCGUGUAAGGCACCGGGAGAUGAUUGUCCUUUGAUCUGGGGCGAAUGUAGUCACGUAUUCCAUAUGCACUGCCUACUAAAAUGGCUAGGAACGACCGCUUCGAAACAGCAGUGUCCUAUGGAUCGACGUGCUUGGGGUGCGUGA